GGCGCCUGUGCCUGCUCCACCUCAUGCGCAGCACCUGCCUGAGUCUGUUCUGCCCCCUCCCCACCACUUUACCGCCAUCAUGACAAGGGACAUCCAGGCCCCUUUCUUCUUCGGGCUGUUGCUACUCCCAGUGCUUACAGCUGCCGUCUCCUCUUCUGAGACAGCAGUUCCUACAACCUCUGGCCACACAAGCAGAGAUACACAGACUUCAAAUAUCCAAAGCAGCCCAAUGCCCAGCUCCACUGAUGGAAGUGCUGUGAGCGCAACCAGCAGUUCACUCAUCACCCACAGCCCUGCCUCAAGCUUGGUCAGCACUCCAGCCCCAGACUGACAUUUCAUCUCUGACCAUCAGCCCUACCAGAGACCACAUUAGCACUUCAUCCAGGACCACAACUGGCAUGUCCUCUCCAACCACCAGCCCUGCAUCAGGUUUGGCCACCACUCCAGUCCACAAUGGCACUUCAUCUCCAACCACCAAUGGCACCUCAUCUCCAGCCACCAAUGGGACCUCCUCUCCGACCACCAGCCCUGCAUCAGGUUUGGCCACCACUCCAGUCCACAAUGGCACUUCAUCUCCAACCACCAAUGGCACCUCAUCUCCAGCCACCAAUGGGACCUCCUCUCCGACCACCAGCCCUGCAUCAGGUUUGGCCACCACUCCAGUCCACAAUGGCACUUCAUCUCCAACCACCAAUGGCACCUCAUCUCCAGCCACCAAUGGGACCUCCUCUCCGACCACCGGCCCUGCAUCAGGUUUGGCCACCACUCCAGUCCACAAUGGCACUUCAUCUCCAACCACCAAUGGCACCUCAUCUCCAGCCACCAAUGGGACCUCCUCUCCGACCACCGGCCCUGCAUCAGGUUUGGCCACCACUCCAGUCCACAAUGGCACUUCAUCUCCAACCACCAAUGGCACCUCAUCUCCAGCCACCAAUGGGACCUCCUCUCCGACCACCGGCCCUGCAUCAGGUUUGGCCACCACUCCAGUCCACAAUGGCACUUCAUCUCCAACCACCAAUGGCACCUCAUCUCCAGCCACCAAUGGGACCUCCUCUCCGACCACCGGCCCUGCAUCAGGUUUGGCCACCACUCCAGUCCACAAUGGCACUUCAUCUCCAACCACCAAUGGCACCUCAUCUCCAGCCACCAAUGGGACCUCCUCUCCGACCACCGGCCCUGCAUCAGGUUUGGCCACCACUCCAGUCCACAAUGGCACUUCAUCUCCAACCACCAAUGACACCUCAUCUCCAGCCACCAAUGGGACCUCCUCUCCGACCACCGGCCCUGCAUCAGGUUUGGCCACCACUCCAGUCCACAAUGGCACCUCAUCUCCAACCACCAAUGGCACCUCAUCUCCAGCCACCAAUGGGACCUCCUCUCCGACCACCAGCCCUGCAUCAGGUUUGGUCACCACUCCAGUCCAUGUUGGCACCUCCACCCCAGCCACCAGCCCUGCCUCAAGCUCAACUGUCACUCCAACACACAUGGGCACCUCUUCCAAGGCUACCAUGUCCCCAGUCAGCAAAGGUACUCCAUCUUCAGUUCCUAGCAACCACUCUGAUACUCCCACCACUCUUGCCAGCCACAUUACCAGAACAAUUGCCAACAGCACUAACCAUAGCAUAGUCCCUCCCACCUCCUCCCAUCCUAAGACUUCUCAGCAAUCUUCGGUUAUGGUCUCUUUGAUCUUCCUGUAUCUUCGCAUUACAAACCUCCAGUUUACCUCUUCCCUGGAAGAUCCCACCACCAGCUACUACAAGGAUCUGCAAAGAAGGAUUUCUGAAUUGUUUUUGCAGGUUUAUAAAGAAGACGGGCUUCUGGGACUCUUUUAUAUCAAGUUCAGGCCAGGAUCUGUACUGGUAGAGCUGAUUCUGGCCUUCCAAGACAGUGCCGCUGCCCACAACCUGAAGACACAGUUUGAUCGGCUUAAAGCGGAAGCAGGCACCUAUAACCUGACCAUCAGUGAAGUUAGUGUGAUUGAUGCACCAUUUCCUUCCUCUGCUCAGCCUGGGUCUGGGGUACCCGGCUGGGGCAUUGCCCUGCUGGUGCUGGUCUGUAUUCUGGUCGCCCUGGCCAUCAUCUAUGUCAUCGCCCUGGCUGUGUGUCAGUGCCGACGAAAGAACUGUGGGCAGCUGGACAUCUUUCCGACCCGGGAUGCCUACCAUCCUAUGAGCGAGUACCCCACCUACCACACCCAUGGGCGCUAUGUGCCCCCCGGCAGUACCAAACGGAACCCCUAUGAGCAGGUUUCUGCAGGCAACGGUGGGGGCAGCCUCUCUUACUCGAACCUGGCAGCCACUUCUGCCAACUUGUAGGGGCACAUUGCCGGCUGAGCGCCCAGCCAAUGCCAGCUGCCUCCCUGAGGUUCUUCCCUGCUGGAGCCCCCGCCCCCAACUCUGUUCUGGGCUGAUGAGCUGGGAGCACAGGUGGGCUGCCCACAAUCUUCCUCAGAGGCCCCACCAAGUCCCCUAACCCAUCUGAGCCCUAGCGAAGUCCAUCCGAGCCUGGGGGACAUGCCUGAGGCAGUGGCACCCAGGAGGACUGCCUGGAAAAUUCCAAGAUGGGAGUGGGAACCUGACCGUGGCUGAAUAAAACGUGGGCCUCCUCCGCACUGACUGCCAA